CGCUGUGUCUUGUGGAUUCUUGCACAUGCUCGCGGGAAGUUUUGCUCUUUGCGAUGUGAAAGGAAGGUGCGCUGGAAAAUCGAUUGCGGCUUGUCAAAAGAUCUCCGCCUUUUGUUGGGAACGUCAUCAGGUGCGAGCUGUGCACGACCUCGUACUCUUGACGCCAGAUAAAAUCAUUGGACCGGCCAUACAUCAUCACUUUUUGAGCAUAGCACUGCUGCAUACUCACGCAUCUUGUUCCAUAGGAAGUCCAGUAUGGAUAACACGGAGAGAGGCCUAGAUGUGCCACAUCUGCCACCCGAGAUUCUGCAAAUGAUCAUCAAGUGCCUUGCAGACACUCAUGAUGAUAAAACAUUGCUGCGUGCUGCUCUGGUCAACAAAGAGUGGCUUGACCCGGCAACUGACUUUCUCUGGCGAUCACCACCUCCAGGAGCGUUGGCUGCUUUGCCUCGUCCUCGCCGACAGUACUAUGCUGCCAAGAUUACAGAACUCUACUUUCGGCACAUUGAUGAGGGCAAGUACCACUCACAGUAUAAGAACCUACAGUUCACACGCUUGACUUGUAUUGGACUUGAUCAAGUCCGCCUUCGCAAGAACCAGAAGCUUUUCUUGAGCCAGUACAUACAGCCUCGCCUGGAGUCCUUUUCUUAUUGGGGUGGUCAUCCAUGCGAAGAUGCACUUGAACGUCUGGAGUCCGAUUGCCCUCGCUUGAAUGACUUCCAUGCCAUCGAGCCUCUCGAGUUGAUAUUUGAUGCCGAAAAGCUAAACAAGUUCCUGCGAAACCGCACUUCUCUAGUGAACGUCGAGUUUGGUCGAGGAUGGGAGUAUUCCUUGCCCAAGGAAGUACUUGCACAGCUUUCGGAACUUGAGAACAUACAGAGACUGGAUAUAGUGCCUUUCUUGAAACCACUCAUGGUUCGAGAAGUCUGGUCGGACCCCGAGAACAAGUUCAAGAAUCUGAGAAUCCUUCACAUUCGACUUCCAUCUGUGUCCGUUGGAGUUUUGGCAGCUUGUACGCCUUUGGUUGACACAUUGUUCCUUGAGGUCAAAGGCUCUGAGCAAGAUGUCCUCCAAGCACUGGAACCAAUGCAGCACCUACGCCACCUCGAGCUAGAGUUCCACAAUUACGACGGAGGUGUCCAGCUGUCAGUCGAAGGUAUUAAAACGCUAGGAAAGCUUCCAGACCUCGAGAUCCUCCUCAUUCGUCCCUGGACAAGAACGCGGGCUUAUUACAACAAUCUCAAGGCUUCAUGGCUAGGAGACGACGAAUUCGCUGACAUGAUGUCGAGCUUGCCAAAGCUCAAGAGUCUGGUGUUCCAUGUGGAAUGUAGCAUCACACUCAAAUCAAUCACCUCGCUUGGCAAAACACAUCCAGACAUGUAUUGCUGUGACCUGCAUGGCGUUUUCGUACUUGAUGACUGGUCAGUAGCCCCGGGACCAGUAUUGCCGAACUUGAGGAGACUUGCAAUGGAUGCACCAGACCUACGAGGCCGCACGAGAGCCUCGAGCACUCCUCUUCCCGCGAAAGUCGAUCGAAUCAUCGACAUACUUCUACGACAAGUACCUAUGAUCGAACAAUUAGGCUUCCACGAUUUCGAACGAAAUGUGCUGGCCGAUCAGGUGCUUGAGAGAUUUGCUGUACGAAUAGACGGUGCUUUCAACGAGAAAGAGGCAGCUGCAUUCCGCCCAUGGUCUUGGUUACAAAAGAAUGGCAAGAAGGUUUCGCGGACGGGUGCAGAUCAUGCUAAUGAUAUGGAAUUGUUCCGAAGAACUGCAUUUGGCCAUAUCAUGGAUCUCAUGCAUGAAUGAGGGAUGCACAUAAAGGACAAUACAAACCGAUUAAGUCCCGAUGGGAGAGCUGUGAGUUCACAAUCAGACCCAUGAUUGCGGAGGGGUUGACAGCAGGAGUGGGCCUCGAGGUUCCAAGAAGAAGAUCAGAGGUCGAUGGUUGCCAGAUCACACCUUAGAGACACUGGCCCUCCUCUGCCGAGUACUCCAACCGACUUCAUACAUUUGGUGUUCACAAUAUCGAGGCGGCAAUAUGAAAAUGGUCGACUCGUUAGGGUGAAGGGAAAGCUCAGACUCGAGAAGUUCUAGCAUACCAGUCUCCUGGGAACAUGAGCCCUGAAGGAAGCGUCCUCUUGACUCUUGCCGUGCAUACCUCUGCGACGAGUGGCUAUAUCUAGCCUCAGCGAAGGCUCGCCUGAUGAAAAAUUUGAAUAGCUCUAGCUUUAAUCUGACCAAGACAAGUAGAAGGGUUGCUAAAUACGAACAAGAUCAAGUCUUGACCGUCCAAGCUU